AUGGCCCCUCAUUCCUCCCGCCAAGACCAGACACCCCGAUGGCAAGGUGACUUGCCAGGGGAAGCCCAACUGAGGACUUCCCCGGCGGCCGCCUCGCGUUAUGGUCCGCCCUACGACUCUAGAAACAUUCUAACGCGGACACCAACAGGAGGCGGCGCUGACGUCUUGAGUCCUGGUUCCUCGACUUCUGGAGCAAACAGCGGCAGUUCGCAGCACAGCGCCCUCAGCGGGCUGUCCAGUCACUAUUCUGCCCAUGGAUCGUGGCCGACGCCUAGCGCCCCAGCUUACACCCUCAGCUCCGUCUCCCCAACCCCAAAUACCCUCACACAUGCGCAUACGCAUCCAUAUGACCAUAAGGCGAGCUCAUAUGAUCCCGGGUCGUCCAUGUACAACACCACCGCUCGCGCCCCCCAUGACCCCUCCCCCACCUAUGGCCACGCCCACAGCAGCCACGCCAACGGCCACAGCCAGCACCAGUUCCCUGGCAGCCUCUUCGGCCACGGAGGCGCCGCGUCAGGCAGCCUGCCAUCCCACGGUCACGCUCACGGCCACACGGCGGCCGGGAGGCGGCAUCCUGAAUCCCCAGUCGACGGCCUCGACGCAACCUCCAACGCCCUUGAGCGCCGUGUCUCACGUCGAUCCAUAUACACGGCCCCCUUCGACUCCAAGCUACUUCUCGUCGGCGUCCACGCCGCAUCAGCCAUCCUUCGGCUCGGCACCUCAUCAACCUUCCUAUUAUCCCUCUUCGUCCAGUGCGCCCUCGCCCACCACUAUGGUAUGCAGGUUCCAUCCAUGGGCGGCCCCAUCAUGUCCAACCUCAGCAAUCCCAGUGGGCCGCUCUCCGUCAUGCCAGGCAUGAAUCUGCCGGGAUAUGGCGGCCACCAUCUGCAGCACAUCUAUGGUGCGCAUCAGAAUAACCCUCAGGAGCGCCCCUUUAAGUGCGAUCAGUGCCCUCAGUCCUUCAACCGAAAUCACGACUUGAAGCGACAUAAGCGCAUCCAUCUGGCGGUCAAGCCCUUUCCUUGCGACCACUGCGACAAGAGCUUCUCUCGCAAAGACGCUUUAAAGAGGCAUCGCCUGGUCAAGGGGUGUGGCGGAGAGAAGACGAACGGUACAGAAACAACACGCUCUCCGGGUGGGGGCUCUGAUGGCAGCGAGAGCCCGCUGGCGCCAUCUAUCAAGAAGGAUGACGAGUAG